UUCUACUCUUGCUGGCACAGCAGUGCUUUUCUGGGGGACUUCGAAGACUGGAAAACAGCUGAAACAGACCACGGAUGUAGUGAUCAAUGCGACAGACUUUGUUUUGGACACGGCGGAUGAGAUUGUCUCGUCUCUCAAGAGUGCAGCGGGCGUGAUAUCCGAUCCUACGGCCUCAGCCAACAUUCUAUCAGCUGCUAACAACGUCGACGGUGGGAGUGGUGGAAUCGGGGUCAAGGUGUCCAAGAUCAAAAAGAAAAUCCCCUUCUAUCUCAAGCUAGUCUUUAUUUUCCUCAACAUCAUUGGAGCCUUCAUAUGUUUGUUUGCGGUGAUCGGUCUAGUCGCUGUUUGUGCACAGUCGUCUACAUACGGGAAUAUAGCUUUCAUGGGAAUGGCGGUUAUGCUCUUUGCAGCGUGGUUACUGGCAGGACUAGACUUCGUUCUCUCCCGUGUUACAAACGAUGCAUGCGAGGCCAUGCGGGAGUAUAACGCUGAUCCGACCACCACAACACUGGCCACCAUCUUCCCGUGCCAGUCACAGGCCUCCGCCAGUUCCACCACGGGAAGUGCAAAAUCAGCACUCAAGGACAUCAUCGCUCAGACCAACUCGGCAAUUACUACCAUUAACUCCAACACCGGCUCGAGCUUGCCACAGAUCUGUGACCCCUAUGGAGCUGGUCCUGGCUACGCCGACGUUGCUUGUGCUCUAGGCACCACCCCCAUGGCAGACUUCCAGACUGACUUCGGCCCCUACAGAUGCGUCGACGACGUUCAGGCCAGUUGCACAGCAUCAAACACUCCCAUUCUCAACAGCAACUAUCAAAACAUGGCCACAGCCAUGUCCGCCGGCGCUACCGUCUACAGCCUCAUCCCCAACGUCAACGACAUCCUCACUUGCACUUUCAUCCACAACGCUUUCAACGUGCUGGUGACGGGACAAUGCGUCAAGCUCAUCGAUGGCUUGAACAUCAGCUGGUUUGGAUUCGCACUCUCGGCUUCUUUCAUGAUGCCUCUCCAGCUCUACUGGAUCUUCAUAUGACCAGCGCUACGAUUGCUCCUACCCCUACGAGU